UGCAGCGCGCCCGCUUCGGCCGCGGCGCCGGUGGCAGGCGGGCCCGCGGCCGCGGAGACGCCAUGGGGCGCGGCGGCGGCGGCGGGUUCGACCGCAGGGUGGCGGGCGGCAACUCGGCCUUUGUCAACGUCGGCGCGGUUUCCUCGGGCUAUGGGAGCGGGCAGGGCGGCUUCAAGACUAGCUAUCGCGACCAGUCCAACCGGCUCAACGCCGACAUGUUCAACGGCCCGGCGCAAGAGUACGACGACGACGACGGCGGCGAUGAGCACAAGGACGGGUCCGGCUCCGGCAUCAGGGCCACCCCAAAGCGGCGCGACGUCAUGCCCAUGGGCAUCGUGCGCCGCGAGCCCAAGAAGAAGGAGCUCGUCGUCGCCAGCUCGGCCGACAUGGUGGCCAAGGAGAAGGCGGCGGCGGGGGGAGGCGCCGACACCCAGGAAACCUCGUCGGGAGGCGACGGCGCCACCCCGGCCGAGGACGUCGCCAUGGAGGACGACGGGCAGGUCUGGCCCGGGGCCCCGACGGAGCGCAAGGUCAAGGUGCGGGGCUCCGACGGCCAGGAGAUCGAGGUGACCGAGAUCGACGACCGCCGCAUCCAGCAGCGCGCGCGGUCCGCCACCGCCAAGGACGAGUACGGCGACGACGGCGGCGGCGACAACAAGGCCAAGGUGCGGGCCGAGGCAAAGUACCAGUCGCGCGAGGACGAGGUGCGGGCCGACCAGCUGGCCAUGAUGCUCCGGGAGCUGGGCCCGCGCGCCGAGGGCGACUCCAAGGACGGCCGGCUGUACCUGUUCCAGCUGCCGCCCGUCAUGCCGCCGCUCCGCGUGGUUCAGCGGCCCGACAAGAAGGCCAAGCCGAAGACGGUGGUCAAGGACGAGCCGGUGGACGAGGACGGCGGGGUCGUCACUACGGAUGUCGGCCAGACCUUUGACCUCACCGAGGGGGCGGCGGGCGCCACCAGCAGCAGCAGCAGCGGCGACGGUGGUGGUGGCGGCGGCAGCGAGGCCGAGAACGACGAGUCGAACCCCUACCCGGACACGGUCGGCUACGUCGGCAAGAUGACGGUGCGGCGGUCCGGCAAGGUGACGCUGGACUGGGGCGGCAUCGCGUACUCGGUCAUGCCGGGGAUCCAGACGUCGUUCCUAACAAACGCAGUCCUGCUCGAGGACGCAGACAAGAAGCCAAAGUCGGGCGAGGUGGCGGGCCGCGCCUACGGCAUGGGCAAGGUCAUGGGCCGCUUCGUGUGCCGGCCCGUGUUCAGGGAGCCCGUGCCCUGGGUCGUCGACCCGGCCGACCUGGCCGAGGCAAAGGCUGAGGCCGAGGCCAAGGAGGUCGCCAAGGCCAAGGCGCUGGAGGAUAAGGCCAGGUUGCGCGCGGCAUAGGAUGGUAGGAGGAGAUCUUGCUCUUUCCCGCUCUCUAUAGCUGUCUACCCCCAUCGUCACGAUACCCAUGGAGGUAUAGGCCCGUCAUGAUCAACAUCAAUGCACAUCAUCUUUUCUAACAUUGGCGCCUGUGUAAUAUUGUGCACAUAGCUGGGCCCUUGUGCCGUUGGUACCGUCCAUCGGGAUAUUAGUACUAAAUCUAAAGACGCGCCAGCCCAAACAGUUGCCCUGCAUUACCUAUUUUGGAGGGGAGAAAGUUGGAGAGAGAAAAGUUGGUACCCUUAUGCGCGCUCAUGUGCUAUGUCACUUAGUAUUCCAUUUUUCAACAGUACCCCCCGGCUGAUCCGUCCAUGCCAUCAAUUCGUGUUCUCGUA